GUGCCCGCGCUGCGCAUCAUGAAGAAGACGUUCAGGAUGGCUAAGCACCAGAGCGUGGCAGCCGCACCCACGAAGGCCACCCCGACCAUGAGCACCCAGCAUGUCGAGAAGCCGGAGUCUGUCGUCCUCGCGAAAAGACGGCCCUCGCUAUCUGUUGCCCCCAAGAUUGCGCCGGCACCGGCACCAGCACCCCCGCGCCCAGUGAUUCGUGGUGUUCAGCGUCCGCCUGCGAGCAUGACCGCAGGGGGCGUUGUCAUCGGCCUCCCGCCCCAAGGGUCUUCGUCCAACACCUCGGGCUCUACGUCUUCGUCUGGCUCUGGGUCCACGCGCGCCACCAGUGCAGCUCCUGCGCCCGCGCCCGCGUCUCGCUUCGCAGGUAUCCAGCGGCCCAAUUUCGCCGCGAAGGAGAGGGCGGCCCCGAGGUCCGUGAGCGGUGCCGCGCGUCCUGCUGCACCAGCUACUGGCAUCACCCGCGCGACGUCAAUGGUCGCGCCGAAGGCUCCUGUGUCGAGUGCGCUGCGUCCGCCGGCCCGCAUCGCCGCCCCUGGCCCCUCCGCGCUACCGAAGCCUGCCUCGAGGCUUCCUGGCCCGUCAGGCAUCGCGAGGACAGCUAGUGCGAGCUCCAUUGGUGCGGGUGCUGGUACCGCGGCGAGUCGCGCUCGGGCGUCGACGCUGUCUCGCGCGACGGGGAGGUUCUGAGCCAGAUGGACGACGAUGGAGAGGUUUUCGUUCUCUCACUUCCGGUAGGUUUUCUUGUAUUUACGCUCAUCUCGUUGUAUCUCGCAUUGCAUUAGUAGCACCUCAUUCAAUCUCAUCCCGUCGUCACUGUCGUCGCUGUCGCAUAGACUCACUCGCCACUCACAUAGUCACCCGCACUGUUCUCACAGAUGUUCACAAGAACAGCACUCACGAUCCUCCACACGAACCGAUCUCGUCUGUGAAUAGUCUCUUCGCGCAUUGUGUUCCUCACUUCAUCUAUGUUUUAUGACUACCACCAUGGUCCUCAUCAUUCGCAACGCUCACUCUACUGAAAUCCAAGUAAACGUAUCCGAGACAGAAUAUGUAGAGACGCUCAACAGGUUCACAAAUG